AUGGCUCCAAGCAACCUCAUCCUGUCAUUUAUAUUGCUCGCCUUUACUGCUGCUGCUCAAGAUCCGAAUGCAAGCCCGUGGCAGAUCGCAUUCAACACGACUACAUCUAUCGGUCCCGAUGGCCCCUGGUGGUUCAUUACCCAGGCUGUAGAUUUCCCCGACCAGAAAUUGAGCGUCUUUCCCAGUCUUUCCGAAACCAGCAUCAUCAUGUCGAGUGGCGCAUGCAGUGCGUUGAACGCAGACUGUGCCUUACCUAUACAAGCAGAAUGGACACCAUCCGACUCUUGGAAAUCAAACAAUGGCUCGCAAAAGCAGAGUGAGCCACUCGAUCCUACAAAGUGGGAUGAUAGAGUCUCAUCUCUACUUGGUCUGGACGGUACAGGCUAUUACGCAUUUAGUCGAAUGACUCUGUAUAGCAAUGGCAAUACCGGUUCACUUGCCUACCUGGAUCGCCAUGGCUUGUUCGUUUCGGAUAGUAUGAGGGCCAUGUAUCCUGGUGGAGCGGCAUACACUCUCAAUGUUGGAUUGCUUUCUCUUUACGGAGCCAAAGAAUUAGCCUCCUGGACUGGUGUUAACGGAUCGCAAUUCGAAGCCAACCUGACCCUUAAUUCAGCCUACAUUAGCUUGUAUAUCCCGUCCAAGUCCUUCGGCCUACAUGUUGGAUCUGUGGCAGCAAAUAUAGGGGGAAGUCUUAUCCUUGGUGGUUACGACAGCUCGCGUUGUCUCACAGAGCCGAUCACCUCCGACAGCACGACGUUCAAGCUCUUCGACAUCUCUCUCAACGUCACAAGAGGUAUAUCUGCAUUCGUAAACACUGACAAGAGCACAAUAUCUGGAUUGUUGCAAACAAGUGGGGACCAAGCGAUCGGACUCGAGAUCCAACCCGAGCCUGGCGUGCCGUACCUAUACUUACCAAAGGAAACCUGUGAUGCAAUUGCAUCUCACCUCCCUGUGACAUAUAGCGAAGAGCUCAACUUAUACCUCUGGGACACCAAGGCACCAGAAUACCCGGAAAUCAUUUCUUCACCACAUUACCUGGUAUUUUCCUUCUCCUCAGGCGCAGACGGGACAGACACCUCAAACAUCAAUGUUCCCUUCGCGCUCCUGAACCUCACCCUUGAAUCACCACUUCAAUCAAAACCAACACCGUAUUUCCCAUGUAGUCCAUGGACCAGCACUGAAACCGUUCCCUACCACCUCGGCCGAGCCUUCCUCCAGGCCGCAUUCCUCAGCCAGAAUUCCCACACCAACAUGAUGUUUCUAGCCCAGGCACCUGGCCCCGACCACUCUGCUCAAAACGUGAAGAAAAUCACAACCACAGACACAGCCAUCAAAUCAGCAUCGAACCCUCCAGACUGGGAAUCCACCUGGACGGGGACCCUGAAAGCACUAACGUCGUCUAACAGCUCGAAUUCCGACUCAGGCGCAGCAAACGGAACCGGCACAUCCAGCGGCAAUGGCGGAACCGAGACAGACACCUCUGACACCACCAAUCCAGAGUCCAAGAGCGGCCUAUCCACCAAAGCCAUAUGCGGCAUCGCCACGGCCGCGGUCGUGGGACUUGGCGGCGGCGCGUUCGCGCUCUGGUACUUCGCGCUCCGGAAGCGUCACCAACAGUCGCAGCACUCACGGCUCCUUCAACCACAGGAACUGCCGCCGAGUCCGCCUGGCUAUGCCAGUCCAGCCGUCUGGGGCCGCAAGGGUGAUGGCAGCCCUAUGACGUCGGAGCUGGCUGGCAUGCCCGAUGGUAGCACCCAGCACCGGUAUGAAGUGGACUCCGAGUACUCGGACAAGGGCCCGAAUGAGCUGGAUGCGAAAUCUAGACCCGCUGAGUUGGCUUCGAAUUCGAGAGCCGCUGCUGUCGAGCUUGCUUGA